UUGGUCGGAGCCGGACGCUGUCCCUCGCGAGACCUGCGUUCGGCCCCGGGGGUCGGGGUAAGACGGAGGUAGGCCCCGCGGCGCCCCAGCAUGCGCCUCGCGCGGGAGGGCGGGUCCUGGCGCAUGCGCACCGCGCGCCGUCCCAAGGUAAAACAUCGGUGCCGACAUGAUCCUGCAUCAGAUCCUGCGACUUUCUUCUCUUUUUCGCUCCGCUGUCUCCGUUCACUUGCGGAGAAACAUCGGUUUCUCUGCCAUUGCCUUUAAUAAGGCAAAAGAGCUUGAUCCGGUUCAGAAGCUCUUCCUGGACAAGAUCAGGGAGUACGACACAAAAAGCAAGCAAGCUGGAGGGCCUGUUGAUGUAGGCCCUGAGUUUCAGAAAGACAUGAAUGAAUCGCUCGCUAGACUUCAGCGGAUGUAUGGAGAGGGAGAUCUAACCAAGUUUCCAGAAUUUAAAUUUGAGGAGCCCAACUUUGAGGAGACUCCAAAGUGAUUUCUUCAUGUUGUCCUCCAAACAACAGCGUACAUCCAUGGAGUUGCUGAAUAUGGCAUGACUUGUAACUUAAUAAAUGCAGUGUUUCAGUUUGAUUUCA